AUGAUUAAUAAACUGUUUUUACAACCUGUUGAGGAAUUGUAUCUCAACUGCAAUGAGAUUGGCGCGCAACAAGUGCCCUACAUCACCUUUACUUCAUCCCUCCAAUCAUCAUUCCUUUACGUUUCUCCCACACCAGUUUCUUUUCUUUUCUUUUCUUUUCUUCUUUCUACUCUUUCUCUUUCUUCGUCCACCCCCGCAAGUUUUACUUAUUUUUAUUUUCCUUCUUAUAUUGUGACCUUUUUCAUACUGUUUUACUUUUCUUUUUUCCUCCGUUCGUCUCUUUUGACGCAUUUUUCUAUUUCUCUUUUUCAUUGCAAUCUUUCAUUUUCUUUCUUUACUCUCGCUUUUCAUAUUUUUCCUUCUCUAGUUUUUACCCUUAUUUGCUUUCUUUUUUCAUUCCUUUUUAUCUCUAGGCUUUUACGUUUCCUUUUUCCCCAACCCUUUCUUUCUAUUCCUCUUUUCUCUAAUCUUACUUCUCUAGUUCACGGCGUUCUUUCAUUUUAA